AUGAGCUCCGAUUCUUCCAUAACCAAGAGGCUGGAUGGCAAGGUGGCAUUGAUAACUGGUGGUGCCAGUGGCUUAGGAGAGUGUACAUCCAAACUAUUUGUCAAAAAUGGAGCCAAGGUUCUGAUUGCUGAUGUUGAAGACGAAUUGGGCCGCUCUGUUUGCCAAGAGCUUGGAACUAAAAACAUCAGCUAUGUCCACUGUGAUGUAACAUGCGAAUCUGACGUCCAAAAUGCCGUAAACUUGGCUGUAUCCAAGUACGGAAAGCUCGAUAUCAUGUUCAACAAUGCAGGCAUUCCUGGUGACAACGAAGUAAGAGUGACACAUGCUGCUAAGGACUUCAAGAGAGUGUUCGAUGUCAAUGUAUUGGGUGGUUUCUUAGGUGCCAAGUAUGCUGCCAGGGUCAUGGUUCUGUUUAAGAAAGGUUGCAUACUCUUCACAGCAACUCUUGCUUCAAAAAUCUCCAUCGGUCUCCCCCAUGCACACAAGGCAUCAAAGCACGCGGUAGCAGGGUUGACGAAGAGCUUGAGCGUGCAGUUAGGUGAGCAUGGAAUUAGAAUUAACUGCAUUUCGCCUAAUGGAAUUGUGACCCCAGCGUUCCACAAAGUAAUUGGGAAUUUCGAUAAGAAGAAGGGAGAGGAGAUGUUUGCGGUUUCAGCAGUGUUGAAAGGCACCGUAUUGGACCCUGAAGAUUUUGCGCAUGCAGCACUCAAUUUGGCAAGCAAUGAGGCUAAAUUUAUCAGUGGUGUUAACUUACCAGUCGAUGGAGCGUAUAGUGUUAGCAACCAAUCAUGGAAGAUGGGAUUCGCAGCACUUUCUGAAUAA